AUGGAUCAUCAACAAUACUCAUCCGAUGAUGGAGAAUACUCCUCUAGUAGUAACACCAAUAACUCUUCUACCAACAAUCAUAAAAACAAUGACCAUACAACUCCAACAAAAUCAAAAGCGGGAGAAUUUGGCAGACCUCUCAUUCCCUUUUUCAUUGAUGGAACCAAUGGAACAACACCAACAGGUGGAUACUCUGUAAAUGAAGAUUUAUUUCUAACAGACGAGCAGGCCCAACAACAGCAGCGAGUAUUUGUACCAAAAGGAGAGAAAUCAAUUCGCGUAAGAGAAUUUAAAGAUGGCUACUUUGAAUACAAAGAUCUUUCUUUGGACAAUGUCAAAGACAAAUUAACAUUUGACUCUAGAAAUCCGUCAUCCUCUUCCGGUAAUAGCAAUACUUCUUCAUCAUCCUCUCAGCAACCUCAUUUCUUUGCUCAUCAUGUGACAUCCCCGCCACAAGCAGACAAAUCGUCAUCAGAUAAUGGCCUUGGAAAAAAGUCGAGAACCUCAACGAAGGAUCAUUUUGCUAAUUAUGAGAGAAUGGUGGUUCCCUAUCAACACUAUAAUACCACCACAAAAUCAAACGAAAACAGUAGCGGAGAUGAAAAUAUGGCCUCUGAGCAAUCGAAUGGUCGUGAAAAUAAUUCUUCGUCUUUCUCCAACAAUGGCAUGGAUAAUUCUGGUGAAGAUGAAGAAAACAAGAGAAACAAAAAGAAAAAGAAGAAGGUAAUGGUUCCUGUUAAUGUUCAAAAACAGAGCAUUUCAAAUAGUAGCAGCAAUAGUAGUGGAAAUUCUGGAUCGAAUGCUGCUCUCAAAUCUGUUUUGAAGAAGAGCCCUUCAUCAACACGUUCCUCAUCUUCAAACGACACUAGUUCGAACAAACCAUCCGUGUCAACAUCUUCAAAUGCUUCUCCCCAAUCCUCAGCUAGUAACAGCAAGACGUCACCAAUCUCCAAUGUACAUUCUUCCACAAAUGUAGGUCCUACCAAGUCAUCAUCGAACACUACUACUUAUACUUUACUUGCUCCAUCCUACUUUAAUGCUUCGGAACGAAAAAGAGUUUCAAUUUACUCUCCAAAGGAGGGACUUUUGAAACCAACAUGGUUUCCAUCUUGGCAUAGCUUUGACAUGGCAUAUUUGGAAAGUACCGUUCUGAAGGAUUUGGAAGAACAGAAAUUUCAAACACCUCCUCAUACUUCUUUAAAACUCAAACCCAAUGCUCCAAUGCCAUCAAGUCCUCCAUUCCAGCAAAACCUACCUCAACUUUCUACAUCUGCAUCUUCAACAUCCUUAACUGAAGAGGAGCUACUUUCAAGUUUAAUCAACGAUGGAUCUGUUAUCAAGCUUGAUUCUAUGGAUAGUUCAUCAAAGAAAGAAUCCUCUUCAGAAAAGAAGUUUGCUGGUGGCUCAUGGUCAAACUCACCACACCCAAGCAAGCUUCCAAAACCUCUUUUCAGUAAUUGA